CCCCAAUUCCUCGUCUACAAUUUCCACCGCCGUCCCUUUAGAGGAGAGAGAGAGAGAAAGAAACCCUAACCUCCAAAAAAAACCCUAAAAUGGUGAAGUUUCUGAAACCAGGGAAGGCGGUGAUCGUCCUACAAGGGCGUUACGCAGGGCGGAAGGCGGUGAUCGUCCGCAACUUCGACGAAGGAAACCGUGAACGACAAUACGGACACUGCCUUGUCGCCGGAAUCAACAAGUACCCCAAGAAGGUGAUCCGAAAAGACUCAGCCAAGAAGCAGGCGAAGAAAUCGAGAGUCAAAUGCUUCGUCAAGGUCGUCAAUUACAACCACAUCAUGCCCACUCGUUACACUCUUGAUGUUGAUCUCAAGGAUGUCGUCACCACUGACGUAUUGACAUCGAGGGACAAGAAGGUUACUGCUGCUAAGGAGGCCAAGGCUAGGUUCGAGGAGAGGUUCAAGACUGGUAAAAACCGUUGGUUCUUCUCUAAACUCAGGUUUUGAGUGACGGUAUUUCAGAUUUAUUUAGUAGAUUUUGAUUUUUGUAUUGGAAACAAAGCUAGGGUUUUGAGGAUUGGGUCUAAUUUUGUUGAUGAAUAUUGUGCUGAAUUUUGAUAUAUUAUGUUAUGAUGAACCCAUUUUAAGAGUUUCUAA